CUCAGACCCAAGGGUGAGGGAGCAGAGAUGGUGCUGAGACAGCGGGGAUAAUACCGAGCGUGGGCUGAAAACGCUACACCGAGAGACUCCGACUAAAAGCAAACGGAAUAGAAGCCCUGGGCUCUCCGCUGACAUGACUCUGAACACCCAGAGGAGUGAUGGCCAUGCAACCCUGCAGAGACGUGCUAGCUCUCCAGUGCCCUCGACUCACCAUCACCCACAUCCUCGCGCCCACCCUGUCCGCAGCCUCACCACGGAGAGGGAGCUGCUGGCCUACCCUGCCCAGAGGCAAAGACCCGACUUUGGCCAACUGGUUUCGUACCAGCCCACGGAGAGGGAGCGUGGCAGCUGGUCAUCGGACUCGGCAGAAUCCGACGCCUCCAGUGACUCCGGUUGCGGACUCUUCCGGGUUCUGCUGCUUGGCGACUCCGGAGUGGGAAAGUCCAGCCUGACCAAUAUCUUUGCAGGGAACCAAGAUGCACAUGGCGAGCACUCAGGAGAGGAUACGUAUGAACGAACUUUAACCGUUGAUGGAGAAGAUACAACCUUAUUAGUAAUGGAUACGUGGGGAACUGAGGGGGAUGAGCCAUGGGUUCAGGAUUACUGUAUGCAGGUCGGAAAUGCCUACAUUAUCGUCUACUCCAUCACUGACCGUACCAGCUUCGAAAGUGCGUCAGAACUUCGCAUUCAGCUUCGGAGGAUGAGACAAGCUGAAAACAUCCCGAUCAUCUUAGUGGGGAACAAAAGUGACUUGGUUCGAUGUCGAGAGGUCUCGGUUGAAGAGGGCCGGGCGUGUGCUGUAGUCUUCGACUGCAAGUUCAUCGAGACCUCCGCUACUCUACAUCACAACGUGAAGGAACUUUUUGAAGGCAUCGUGCGGCAGAUCCGGCUGAGGAAGGACAGCCAGGAAGAUAAUGAGAGGAGGAGGGCCAGCCACAAGAGAAGGGAAAGUAUCACAAAAAGAGCGCGUCGGUUUCUGGACAAGUUUGUUGCAAAAAGCAACAAGAAGAUGGCCUUAAGAGUCAAGUCAAAGUCCUGUCAUGACCUUUCAGUGUUGUAAAUAUACAAAAGUCCUCACAAACCAGCCAAUGGUGGGGGACAGGAAUUACGAUUGACUAUUGACGUCAGGAUAAAGUUCCUAAUCUGGCAUCUCUCAUCAGUGACCCAUGUGACCAAGUGGCUUAACACCAAUGAAGAAAAUAUGACUUGCUAAAUAAAGACAGCUGAAUCUUUGAGACAUGUGACCACAAGGAUGGGUUUCUGCAACAUAUUCAUGAACCUGCUCCAUAUUAAAACAGAGAAAAAUUCACCAAUGUCAUGUAUGCGAUCUGAACCAAACAGAAAAUGGCAUAUUUUCACUUUUGGAAGGAAUUCUGCUGAUUCGUGCUUGGACAAACGAGGCUUUGACCUCCUUCAUUUUUUGGCUGCAGAAGAUAUUUUCUUGUUAUUUCCUUUCGUGGGAUAUUUUGUUCGCCUUCUGCUUAAGCCCAUGACUGCUCAAUACAAGUCUGAACCUUGAAGACAAAUGAGACCUAAACCUUACUACCUUUUGGUGUGAUCAAUGUCUUCGCACUUGAUACCAAAGACUAAAACCCAAGUUGAUGUAUCUUUAUAUCUGCAGUGUUUACAUAUGGUCAGAUAUAUGAGGGGUUUUUUUGUUGGGGGGUUGGAGGUAAAGUGGGCAUUAGGGAUGUUAUAAGAUCUGUAAUAAGUUUAGAUCUAAUUUAGAUAACAGUCGUUUGGUAGAAUAGAACUUGAUAUGCUGAAAAAAGAGACUUGUCGAAGCUUUCCAUCUUGCACUCAUCAAGAUGCU